AUGAACAACACAAAAGAGAUUAAAGUAAUCUAUAAAGAUGAAUCAAAGGAUAAGAUUAAAUAUGAACAAACGUUGACAAUGCUAAGGGAAUGGGAAGAAGCUGCAAACUUUAUCGAGAAACUAUUUAUGAAACAUAUUCAAUUAGAUACUAUUGACUUUGUCAAAAGCACUGUUACUUAUACGAUGGUAGUACCAAUUGAUUUAUGUAAUAUUUUAAAUACUUUACAUGGUGGUUCAAUUGCUACAUUGGUAGAUGGAAAGGUUAAUCCAAGUGUUAGUGUUGAUUUAGUCAUUAACUAUGCCAAUGCAGCGCCUGCUGGCAAACCAAUUAUCAUUGAAUCAUGUGCAUACAAGAUUGGAAAGAAUCUAGCUUUUACAGACACUACCAUCAGAAAUGAAAGAGGUGUCAUUGCAAAAGGAUCACAUAAUAAGUUCUUAUCAAUUCCUCAAGCUAAAAUUUUAAUGGAAACUAUUAAUUCAUAUUUAAAAGCUAGUAGAUUAAAUGCAUAUCAAACAGUAUUGGUUUUGGAAGCAUUGGCAUUGGCAAUUGCACAAUCACAAGUUGGAUUGAGUUCAUUCUUUCAAAGAGAAAAUGGACUAUUGAUGUUUGGUAUUUUAAGUGUCCUAUCAUUUUUUGGUCACUGUAUCUAUUACAUGAUCAACUCUUAUGUUGACUAUGUAUCAGGUGUAGACGAUGCAGAGACUUCAACUGAUCGAACACUAUUUGAAGUGGUAUCAAUAGCAAAUCUACUUCGAUACAUUGUCGUUUCCAUAUCGAUUAUGAUUAUUUUAACCAUUUACCUAACCACUCUAUGUAAUGGUCGACAAGAGACUGAAUGGAUGGCUAAAAUGUUUGUAAUAUAUUUUAUUUCACUCAUGUUUAAUACAUGUACCUAUACACAUCUAAAGUAUAUUGCAUUGGGUCCAAUAUCAUUUGCAUCGUAUGCUAUUUGUACAUCGGUCAUUUACCAUUGUCUGCUGACCAACCAAUUACCAAAUCAAAUGUUUUAUCUCCUCUUGACACCAAUUCUAUUAAUUCUAGUUAUUUGUCUAGUGUCGGGAUACCAUCGAGACAUUGAUGAAGAUGAAAGAGCUGGAAUCAUAACAAUCAAUACCCUACUUGGAAAGAAAAAUUCAAUCCUAUUUAUUUUUUCGCUUUCAAUUUUAUUUUUUAUAAUAUCUAUCAUUUUAGCACUCAAUAGAGAAAACUACCUCCUUUUAUCAGUAUUGGUUUCUCUGCCAGAAACAUGUAGAACUUUCAAAAGAGGAUAUUACAGUGAUUCAACAGCUCAUUUCAACUUGAAAGUAAUGAAAGCUCUUCGUUUGGGUUGUAAUCUCUAUAUUGGUUCAAUUGGAAUAGGUGGUGGUGGUCUUUUCAACUAUCUUUAA